AUAAUGCCUUGGGAUUGAGGCAAUUGAAAGAAUUCAAAUAACGUUUGUCACAAGUGAGUCCUUUCAGUAUUAAUUUGGAGCAGAAUUAAUCGUAAGGUGAACGUCACGUUUCACCACAUAAGGAGAUUAUAUUUUGUAAAGUGUAAAAAACCGAUUUGAAAGAUGUCAAGGAAUAAAGAUCAGCAUGUCAACGUCUUCGUACGUGUCAAGCCUUUGAGUGAAAAAGGAACAUCAGGGAAAAAUUGUGAGAAACCAGCAGUUCCAGUGGUACAAGUAGCAUCUGAGAAAGAAAUAAUAGUAUGUGAGCGAUCACAGGAUAAAGUUGCAAAGAAGUUUACAUUCGACAAAGUGUUUGGACCUACAUCUACCCAACUGGAUGUGUAUAAUACAGUGAUUAAGCCACUGUUGAAGGAAGUUUUAGCUGGGUAUAGCUGUACUGUGUUUGCUUAUGGUCAAACUGGUACCGGCAAGACAUAUACAAUGGAAGGUGGUCGUGUGGAAGAUCCUGGCUUACACUGGCAGAGUGAUACAUCUGCUGGCAUGAUACCACGUUGCUUGAGCCACUUAUUUGAUGAGUUACAGCUCCUAGAAAACCAGCAGUAUGUCGUCAAGAUCAAUUUUCUGGAGUUGUACAAUGAGGAGUUGUUUGACCUUUUGGGCCCAAGCAGUCACGAUGCAACAAAGAUCAAGUUAUAUGAGGAUAUGUCAAAGAAAGGCUCAGUUAUCAUACAUGGUUUAGAGGAGGUGACUGUUCGCAACAAAACAAAAGUCUACAAAAUCCUCGAGAAAGGCUCGGAGAGAAGACAAACGGCAGCGACAUUGAUGAACUCCAACUCGAGUCGUUCUCAUACAGUGUUCUCUAUAACUAUACAUAUGAAGGAGGAUACUCCCGAUGGCGAGGAGCUGUUGAAGACAGCAAAAUUGAACCUGGUAGACCUGGCCGGCAGCGAGAACGUCAGCAAAUCCGGAGCCGUUGACAAGAGAGCGAGGGAAACGAGAAACAUCAAUCAGUCUCUGCUGACUCUCGGCAGAGUGAUCACCGCCCUUGUAGAAAGGGCGCCUCACAUACCGUAUCGGGAGUCGAAGCUCACAAGAUUGCUGCAGGAGUCGUUAGGCGGACGUACGAAAACCUCGAUAAUCGCGACCAUUUCAUCCGCGAGCAGCAACGUCGACGAGACACUGUCGACGUUGGACUAUGCAUAUCGGGCGAAACACAUCACCAAUCGCCCGGAAAUCAAUCAGAGGCUCUUCAAGAGAGCACCGCUGAAGGAAUACACGGAGGAGGUUGAAAGACUUAGGAAGGACUUGACAGCAACGCGAGAUAAGAAUGGCAUCUAUCUGUCGCAGGAUAAAUAUGACUCUAUGCAUGCGUUAAUUAAUUGGCAGAAGAAGAAGAUACAGGAUCAGAUAAAUGAUUUUAAAGCUAUGGAAGAAUGUAUUGAGUCUAAAGAGAAAAUAUUUAAUGAUGUACAAUCACAAUAUGAUGCUCAAACAAGCGAACUAACAAAGAAAACAAGCGAAUUGAAUGAUUUAACGCAUUCAUUGCAAUCGCUGCAAGACUCUUUGAAGGAAAUGGAAAAUAGUAAGGACGAACAGAAAUACUUGGUGGAAAUGCAUGCUUCAACCGAAAAGAUUUUACGCAACCAAGCGGAAAGUAUUUUAAAUGUAGUAGUUGAAGCAUCUGAGGAUGCGCAAAAAUUGCAUGAAAUUCUCGAUCGUCAAACAAAAAUAGAAGAGAAAAAUAAAGAGCUUAGAAUGCAAAUGAAAAGUGACUUUACAAAACGCGUUAAGGAUAUCGAAGACAACUUAAUGGUGCACACAAAAGAGCUUGAGCAGUUUUUCUCGUCAAUAAAGGAAGCGCAAGUAUAUGAUAAAAUUGUUACGGAGAAAGGAAAUGCACUCAUCAGUAACUUGCAACAAGACUUAAAUACCGGUAAUGCUACAUUGAAAGAAUACAACAGUAAUAUAGAAUCUAACGUGCAACAGUUACAAAAGGAAAUAAUUGAGAAUAAGACCAAAGCAGUUGCAACAACUGAUAUUAUCUCUAAAACAACCGAAGAUUUGAAUCUCAUUCACAAAGAAUUUUUGGCAAAGAUACAGUCCAAGAUCUCAGAUUUCUCUACGAUAAUGAGCGAUAAAUUUAUAACACAAGACGCAGAAUUAAACAACUGGUGUAACAAGUCGACAAAUGAAUUGCGCACAUCGCAACAGCAAAUCGACGAAUUUACCAAAAACUCAUAUCGCGACGUUGAAACAGGCGCAACACCACCGAGAAAGGAAUUUUUGUAUUCUCAUGAACUUACAACAACAUUGCCGCAUAAACAACUUAUUCAGAGAUUUUGGGAAAGCAGAAAGAACAUAGAAGGAACAGAUGAAUCCGAUUCAACACUAACGAAAAAAUCUACGCCAGAAAAACUGUUAUCUCUGUCAGAUAUACCAAUAAGUAACACAUCCACACUAUACAAGAAAGAAAAUUGUCUUUUACCACUCUCUUCGUCCACACCGUACAUUAAUUCAAAUAUAAAAAAAUCAAAUGCCAAAGAGAUUUUUGGUUUUAAUGCUUUCAAAAAAUCUGUAUUUGAUUUCUCCAGAAUUUCAAUAUCUUCUCCUAAAUCUGAAACGGAAAUUAAUAUAGAGAAUAAUAAAGAGAAUGUCAAAACUACACAAUUGAAGAAAAUAAAGAUCAAGAAAUCACUUAUGGGAAGAAGAGGAAAACGACAGGCACUUGAUAAAUAUGAUGCCUGAAUGAAUCUAUUAAUAUACACUGCGAAUUUUAUUGUCGUUUUAGGUAUAAUCAAAUACUACUCCUCUUGAACUAGAAAUUGCUUAUUAUUUGUAGAUUUUAAUAUAAUUAUGUAGAUAUAUUCAUGUAAAGAAAUGUGUAGAAUUUGUAUAUAGCUCAGUUCAGAUUUAUAUAUUAAGUAUGCUUUUAAUAUAAAUUAUUGUUCUUUAUUAUAAAAUUUAUCAUGCAAGGACAGAAUGGUGUGCACAGUCGCUAGAAAUUUUUGUUUACAACCGCUUACGAAGUACAUAUUUAGUGCGCUUAAUUACUAACUUUGAUAUCAAGAUGUACAAUCCAACAUACUAACAUUUGGAUUCGACAAUAAAGAUUUUAAAUGUG